UUUCCUUUUUGCUGCGGAUGUCGUUUUCCUGCGGAGUACGAACAGCUCUCAUUCCGCCCAUAUUUCCAUUUAUUGACACAUAUGUCCGCGCUGCCAGACGUCAUGGAAAUCGAAACAGGAAAUGACGGUUGUUCCAUUCUAAGCACUCGAAAAAACUCCACAAGCUCAGAAGAACAAAAAACAGGUGUGAAGAAAGGAUUGUCUCUGGGCUUAGCUUCAGUUUUCGUUGUGGGUGAAAUGGCGGGAAGUGGUGUACUUGCACUGCCAAGAGCAAUUGCAGACUCUGGAUGGGGUGGAGUAGCUCUCCUGUUGUUCUGUUGCAUCAGCACUUUAUAUUCAGGAAUCGUUCUCGGAAAGUGUUGGAUGAUACUAGAAGAACGAUAUGACGAAUACAAAAAAGAAAAAAACAGGUAUCCGUACCCUGCUAUCGCCUACAGAGCAUUUGGAGUAAAAAUGCAAUACGUGGUAUCAUUUUGUAUAGACUUUACACUUAUUGGAGUGUCUACAGUAUUUCUGCUUCUGGCUUCUCAACUUAUUGGAAACUUGGCCGCAAAAUGGGGAAUUUCGUUUUGUUACUGGAUUCUCAUCUUAGCACUGAUUCUUUGGCCUCUCAUGUGGCUUGGAACACCAGAAGAUUUUUGGCCCGCGGCAAUCAUGGCGUUGGUCACAACCGUGACUGCGUGUGUUCUACUUAUGGUGGCUAUUGGAAAAGAAAAGGCGGCAUCGCAUCAUGCUACCUACGACAAGCCUGAUGUUCUGUCCUUCUUCCUGGCCUUUGGAACGAUACUUUUCUCAUUCGGUGGUGCGGCGUCAUUUCCGACAUUCCAGAAUGAUAUGAGAGACAGAACACAAUUUUCAAAAGCUGCUUCUAUUGGGUUUGGAUCGUUGCUACUGCUGUAUCUGCCGGUGGCAGUAAUGGGCUACGCUGUGUUUGGUGAUAAUCUCAAGUCUGAUGUUAUCAUGUCGCUUCCCAACUCUUCGAUCAAGUCUGCGAUUGAGGUCCUAUUGGCUUUACACUUGUUCUUUGCCUUUCUUCUCGUUAUCAAUGCUCCUGCUCAAGAGUUCGAGGAAUUUUUUAAAGUGCCAAACAAAUUUGGAUGGCAACGUGUUUUACUGAGGACGGGCAUGAUGGUCCUCGUAGUUUUCAUAGCCCAAUCAAUCCCCCGAUUUGGAAAAGUAUUGAAUUUGGUUGGAGGAUCAACAACUACUCUAACAACAGCCAUUUUUCCAUGCUUAUUUUAUCUGAAGCUUUGCUCUCAACAAAAUCCUGAAUGGCCUGAAAGGCGCAUACCGACUUAUGAAAAAGUGUAUCUGUGGGUAAUUAUGGUGGUUGGAGUUGUAGGAGGCGGCAUAGCUACUUAUUCUGCGAUAGUAGACAUUGCAAAACCAGAGUCAUUUAACCCACCAUGUUACGUAAAUAUCACAGCAGCAGGAAUGGACUGAACUGGUUCCUACAAUACAAAGUUACUUCAGAAGAAGACGAACAUUUGUUUCUACAUCGUGUAAAUGGCAUGUCUUAGUAAACUUUUGGUUGUAAAAGGUUUUGCUACGUUCUUCCAAGCGUUGAAUUAAGUAUUUUCGCACGCCAAGCUUGAGGAAGAGGCAGUCCCAGUGCUCUGCGCCAUGUUUCUACAACACUUUGUACUUUCGUUUAUGAAGAUUUUGUUCAAUGCCCUAAUUUUUCAUAAAUUUGGUGUAUUUCUGGUACUAUUUAGUGAAUUUUACUUCAAUACAUCAUAAUUUUAAAAUUGUUAAUUGUAUAUAAGUUGAUGUCGAUAUCAUACCUCAAUUUUUCCUUCUUCAAACAUUUACAUUUGCGGAAAAGGAUAUUUCUCGUUUGCUAACAAGGUACAAACAAAUUGCGUUACUCAAAAACCAUCUCUACCAAAAGUUUCCCAUGCCUUUCAUGUAGGUAUUCUUCGAAACUAACAAGUUGUUUUGUUUUAGUUGCUGGCAACUUUUACUCAAUUUUGAGUGAAUUACUGUAUACACAGUGAAUUAUUUAUAGUGAUUUACACACUUACUGUUAAGAAGACGAAAUAAAUUUCUUUUUUACUCA